UACAAAUCAUAUUAGGUCAAUAUUUUAAGAAAGAAGUUUAGAGACCAAUCGCCCACCCCCUCUCUCAUCCUAGGUAUAAGACAAGGCUCUCAGUCUCUCCCCUCUUUUACAUUGUUCUCCUAGGUAACUCCUCCUAGUAAACCGCUGGUAUAUACGGCCUCCAGUAUCCAUAAGACAUAUCAAGGCACAAAAUCUUCAGAUCUUCAAGAUAUAUGUUAGCUUUAUUUCUCAAAAGCCACCCUAAUCAAAAUGCGGCUCAUCAACGCUCAGACCCUAGAGCUAGCAAAGUUCCUUGAAGGUCGAACACCUGUACAGGUGAGUAAGUUAUUCUCUUUCAUCGGUAGAGUGAGAGAAGCUUCAUUUGAGGAUUUCAGAACUGGACAGUACGGCUCACAACAUAACGGCUCUAAAAAGGAAAGGGGUUCCUGCUCUCCUGCUAAUGGCAACGCAAUCCAAGAAACUUGGGGCGACACCUGUCGUAUUGACAAGAAGAGCGUGGUCGAACUCAGUGAAUCUAUCAACUAUAUGUUCAAGUGGUAUCGUGCUCCUCAAAUCUGCUACGUCUAUUAUCUCUUCGACAUAGGUGGUGCGAUGCCUGAUCAAGAGCCUCAACCUCACAAAUUCAAUGAUUCACUCGGGGAUGAACGUUGCAAGAGCUACUUGCGCCAAUUUGGAUUGCAUUCUUCUCGAAGACAUGGAACUUAUUGGGAUCUAAGUCCGAUUUAAUCAGCAUAUUGGUCAUCCAUUACCAGGAUACCAUCAGGUUGGAGAGCUUGUCGGCAAGUGUACCUAGAAGACUUAAGGAGCAACAAGUCUAUAAGGUAGGUAGUUAGAUUUGUAUGU